AUGAACAAGAACGGUAAUAAGAUAAAUAAAUCAAAAAAGUGCACUUCAACGAAUUGUGAACCAAAAAAUGAUCUAAAUGGAAAGGCGAAAGAUACGAAUUUGAAAAAGAAGCACUCGAAGAACGGCUUGGUGAACGGACUAGUGAACAAUGCACAAGACUCAACCAAAGGCAGCGGCAAGGAGCACAUAAUCCCCAGCAACAAUGAAAAUUCACAUAAAAGUACGCAACCUAAACCACAGAAAGAAACCUCAAGAGACAAAGCGCGCGAAGACGAGGGCAUUAACAAAGACUUGAAGUCGAAACUUACCAAAUUAGAUUCAAAUGACAACAUUUCGAAUCACGAAAAGAUGCUAGACCCCAGUCAGGAAUCAGACGUAUCAUUUAAUUUAAGCAAUAAUAGUACAAUUACGAACGAGGACUCGAUAGCGUCUUGUAGUAAUAAAGCAACUAGUUCUAGCGACGACAAAAUAUCAGACAUAGUGGAGGACCUGAAGGGUGUGGAGCUGGCGCCCAAGCGCGAGCUGCCACCCAUUCAGUACGUUCAGUACGAAUCCGAAUUGCAAAUGCCAAUGAUUAUGAAAAUUAUCCAAAAAGACCUUUCCGAACCCUAUUCCAUCUACACCUACCGGUACUUCAUCCACAACUGGCCGAAACUCUGCUUUCUGGCAAUGUGCGAGGAUAACUGCGUGGGCGCCAUCGUCUGCAAGCUGGACGCUCACCGCAAAGUGCUGAAGCGCGGCUACAUCGCGAUGUUGGCGGUGGACCAAAACUACCGAAAAUUGGGCAUUGGGUCCACCCUGGUGCGGAGAGCUAUCCAGGAGAUGAUCGUCGGCGACGCCGACGAAGUAGUGCUCGAGACGGAAGUGACAAAUAAACCGGCUUUGCAGUUGUAUGAAGCCCUAGGCUUUGUCCGGGACAAACGUUUGUUUCGAUAUUAUUUAAACGGCGUCGAUGCUCUGAGGCUGAAACUGUGGCUAAGAUGAGGAUCUUAAUCGGUGAAAUGGUUGUAUUUGUUGCCAUAUGCUCAGGGUAUGGUGUGAGUUUGUUAAAUUAGUUGAAUAUUCAGAAUUUUAUUCUUGUUGUUUGUUUGUUGUACGUUCUUUUCUCAUAAACGCCAAAUUCGUUCGAUUCAGACGUCUGGACUAGAGUUUGUUUGUCUUCCAAAGAUGUAGUCCAAAAAGUAAUAAAAAUAGUUUCCUUCGAAAUUUUUUUUAUCUUGCGCAUCACCACCUCCAUCGGUUUUGUACGUUGAUUUUGUAUGACUUAAGUGUAGAUAAAUGAAUGUGUAACUUUGGAUGUUCAUUUAAUCAGGGUGUCGAAAUAUCUGAGCUUUUGUAACAAUUUCAUACUGACAUAAGCUGAGGAAAAUAUUUAAACUAGAAUUACUGAUGUGUGCUUACAUGAAUGUUUCUUUUUAAUAUAUAGAACAUUGUUUGUCAGUAAUUGUAAAAACUGUAUAUAAUUUUACUGUAUGAUAAAAGCAUUAAAAAUGUGUUGUAAUGAUUGAAUAAUAUACCAAAAUUUAUAAGGA